AUGGUACUUCAAGAUAUGGGGAACAAAUUGAUUCUCUGGUUCAAACGUUCCAGGAAGAAUUCUUCCUAUCGAGAAGACAGUCAAAUAAAGGUAACUGCUCCUCUCCGAAAAACUGUUUACUGCUAUGGAGUCCAGGAAGGCGGUGAUGAGGCAUUCGACAAGGUGAUGGAACUAUAUAAUGCGGAACAAGUCCAGUUGGAGAAAGACAGUCUACGUGAAGCAUUGGGAUGCCAUAAAGACGUUACUGCUCUAAAGGGACUUCUUAUGCUGGCUUUGGAUCGGAAUUCGUCAUUUGUGCGUCUUCAAGAUGCUCAUGAUGUGUUUAACAUUGUAUCCAGAAAUCCUGUUGGAAACGAACUGCUGUUCAAUUUCCUCACAGAGCGAUGGGAAGAGAUACUUGAAAGUUUGUCAAUACGACACAGAUCAGUUGAUCGAGUGAUCAAAGCCUGUACUCGAGGACUACGAUCCAGGGAACAAGUACAACAGUUGAAGAAUCUAUACAAAAAUGACAAGCGUGCUCGUGAAUACGGUGCAUUUGGUGGGGCAAUAGAAAGAUCGGAACACAGAAUGACGGUACAAUGGACUAAACGGACAGUGUUAAAAUUCACGCCUAUCACCUUACUGCUUUUGUUAUUUCUAGUAGCUGCUUCGAUUGGCCUUUCAAUCGGGCUCACAUACUACUUUACCAGGAAAGCGUAUGAUACUACUGAGAAAAACAAAGAUCAUGGUGCUGAUGAUAACUCACCUUCUGCAGAAGAACUACGUCUCCCGAGGAAUAUAGAACCGUUAUUGUACGAUCUGAGCAUCAAAACUUAUCUGCCGGGUUACGUAAACUUCCCACCUGAGAAGAAUCUCACAUUUGAUGGACAAGUAGGAAUCUCCUUAAGGGUAGUCGAACCAACCAAAAGUAUUGUACUCAACUCAAAGAAUAUCACCGUGAUACCAGAUAAAUGCGAACUGUUUUUGGGCGACAAAAAACUUGAAAUAGAAAGUAUCAAAGAACAUGAAAGACUAGAAAAGUUGGAAUUUCUACUGAAAAAUCGGCUAGAGAAGGAUCAAGAAGUCCUGCUAAAGAUAAUUUAUACGGGUAUCAUCAGCAACACCCUUGGCGGACUCUAUCAAGCCACUUAUACAGAUACUGAUGGAACCGUCAAGGAAGUCAGCGGUGACUGGAUCAUAUCGAAAUUCGAGACAACACCUCGGAUGUCUUCCUAUUUGUUGGCUGUGGUUGUUUCAGAAUUUGAUUACAUCGAAGGAUUCACCAAAACAGGUGUUCGGUUCCGAAUAUGGUCACGACCAGAGGCAAUGAAUAUGACAGGAUAUGCAAGGGAUGCCGGCAUAAGAUGUUUGGAAUUCUACGAAAAGUUUUUCGACAUCAAAUUUCCUCUCAAAAAGCAAGAUAUGGUUGCUCUUCCUGAUUUCUCCGCUGGUGCCAUGGAAAAUUGGGGUCUUAUCACUUACAGAGAAAACCAAUUACUGUAUGAUGAUAGAUACUAUGGACCGAUCAACAAGCAGCGGGUUGCCCUUGUUGUUGCUCAUGAACUUGCCCACCAGUGGUUUGGCAAUCUGGUCACGCUGAAAUGGUGGGACGAUACGUGGCUAAACGAAGGCUUUGCAACCUUUGUGGAAUACAUUGGAACAGAUGUAAUUAGCGAUAAAAACUUCAGAAUGGACGACUUUUUCCUACCGGAUGCACUUGCAAUCGGCUUGGAUGCUGAUGCGGUAUCAUCAACCCAUCCGCUUUCGUUUAGAGUUGAUAAAGCUGCAGAAGUUGCUGAAGCAUUUGACGAAAUUACCUACGCCAAGGGAGCAUCCGUUUUGGUAAUGCUACAGGCUGUAAUUGGCGAGAAAAACUACAAGCAAGCUGUAACGCAAUACCUGAAGAAGUUUUCGUACAGCAACGCCCAAGCUUCUGAUCUCUGGGACGUUUUUGACGAAGUUGUCAAGGACGUCAAAGGUCCAGACGGUAAUCUCAUGAAAACGACCGAAUUUGCAUCACAAUGGACUACUCAGUUGGGAUUUCCUCUGGUCACUGUGAAAGCUAUCAAUGCAACUUCUUUGCAAAUAACACAAACUCGGUAUAAGACGAACAAAGACGCCCUGGAGCCGGAGAAAUACCGUCAUCCAAAAUACGGAUUCAAGUGGGACAUUCCUCUGUGGUAUCAGGAAGGCGAUAACAAAGAUAUAAAGUUAGCAUGGUUGACCAGAGAAGAACCGCUCUAUUUGCACGUGAGCAACCCUGACACUUCCAUUGUCGUGAACGCGGAUCGCCAUGGAUUUUAUCGACAGAACUAUGAUGCUAAUGGUUGGCGAAAGAUCACCAAACAGCUCAAGGAAAAUCAUAAGGCAUACAGUACUAGGACGAGAAAUGCGAUUAUAGGCGAUGCAUUUGCAGCGGCUCUAAUUGACGAACUUGAGUAUGAAACUGUAUUUGAACUGCUUGAAUACGCCAAAAAUGAAGAGGAAUACUUGCCAUGGACAGAGACAAUAUCUGGUUUUUAUGCCAUCUUAGACUUCUUCGGAAAUGAGCCGGAGUCGACAUCGGCUAAGGCUUUCAUGAUGAAUAUAUUGAAGCCGAUGUAUGAGAAAACCAAUAUGACAUAUAUCGCUGACAACUACAAAAACGAUUCGCUAUUCUUUGAAAUGAAUCUCCAAAAAUCUGUUAUCAAUGCCUAUUGCUUCCUUGGAUCCAAAGAUUGUAUCAAAAAAUACACAGAUUUGUUCUUCGAAGAGGUUAUGAAGAAAUGUAGAGACGAUGACGAAGCAAGCAAAUGUGUCAGCAUCGCUGCCCCUCUUCGAGCGAAAGCCUACUGCUAUGGCGUGAAAGAAGGCGGAGACGUUGCUUUCGAUAAGGUAAUGAAAUUAUACUAUGCAGAAAAUGUUCAAUUGGAAAAAGACGUGCUACUUCAAGGAUUAGGAUGUCACAAAGAUAUUACAGCAUUGAAGAGGCUUCUUCUCCUAGCUCUGGAUCGAAAUUCCUCAUUUGUUCGACUUCAAGACGUGACUGAUGUUUACGACGCUGUAUCAUCGAAUCCCGUUGGCAAAGAAUUCAUGUUCAACUUCCUCCUUGAGAGAUGGGAAGAAAUCCUUGAAAGCUUGACAACGGAGCACCGAGCUGUUGAACGAGUGAUCGAAGCGUGUACUGCAGGUAUUCGAUCGGAGCAGCAAAUAGAUCAGCUGAGGAGCCUUCAAAGAAAGGGUGCACAUGCUCGAGAAUAUGGAGCAUUCGACGAACAAAUCGAACGAGCAGAACAUAAAAUCAAUUGGAUCAAGAAACAUUUGCGGAAAUUAUCGGAUUUCUUCGAAAAAUCUACUUCUUGA